AUGGGUGCCAACCUGACUGCCAACACCACCCUGAACCAGUGCCCUGAUUUCCGCUCCACCCACCACCUGCACACGGUGGUCUACAGCAUCGUGCUGGCCUUGGGGCUCCCCCUGAACGCGCUGGCCCUGUGGGUGUUCUUGCGUGCUCUGCGCGUGCAUUCGGUGGUCACCGUGUACAUGUGCAACCUGGCGGCCAGCGACCUGCUCUUCACGCUCUCGCUGCCCUUCCGCCUGUCCUACUACGUGCGGCACCACUGGCCCUUCCCAGACUUCAUGUGCCAGGCGGCCGGGGCCAUCUUCCAGAUGAAUAUGUAUGGCAGUUGCAUCUUCCUGAUGCUCAUCAACGUGGACCGUUAUGUGGCCAUCGUGCAUCCGCUCAGGCUACGCCACCUAAGAAGACCCCGCGUGGCCAGGCUGCUGUGCCUGGCCGUGUGGGUCCUCAUCCUGGUGGCCGCUGCGCCCACCGUGCUGGCACACAGGCCCUCCGAGUGCCUGGCACGGAACGGCAGCAUUGCGCGUCUCUGCUUCGAGCACUUUAGCAACAUGCUAUGGAGGAGCCAGCUGCUACCAUUAUUGCUGCUGGCCGAGGUGUUGGGCUUCGUGCUGCCCCUGGCCGCAGUGCUCUACUCGUCGGGCCGCGUCUUCUGCACCCUGGCCCGACCCCAUGCCACACGCAGCCAGCGGCGACGCAAAACCGUGCGCCUCCUGCUCGCCAACCUGGUCAUCUUCCUGCUGUGCUUCGUGCCCUACAAUGCCACCCUGGCUGUCUACGGGCUGCUGCGGAGCGAGCUGCUGGUGCUGGACGCUGAGACACCGUCCCGGGUGCGUGGGGUUCUCAUGGUCAUGGUGCUACUGGCCGGCUCCAACUGUGUGCUCGACCCUCUGGUCUAUUAUUUUAGUGCCGAGGGGUUCCAACAGACGCUGCGCCAGCUGAGCACCCCACUAAGAGCCAGGGCCUGGGCGAUCAAGAGUCCCCGGGCCUCGGAGAUGGUGGUGGCGGCGGCAGGGACCCAGGCCCCAGGAGUCAGCCAAGGCCUGCUGGAGUCCUUAACGAACCCCAAGUUGGCCUUUGGCCAGUCCCCCAAGGAUUCAACCCUCUGA